AUGUUCAGCCCGGACGGCGGGCUGCCGGCCGCCCCCUUCGGCCUCUUGCCCGACGGCAGCCCACCCUUUCCCCGCAGCAGCUUCGACGGGGCGGCCGCCCAGCCGCUUUUCUUCCCUUUCGCGGCUGAGCCCGAGGCCGCCCGCGACCCGCAACAGGCCCGCGCCUGGCUGCCCCCGCCCGGGCCCCCAGUCAAGGUGGAACCGCGCCCGGGGCGGCCCUGCCGCCAGCCCGAACCCGAGCCCCGCGCCGCGGGCUGCUGCGGACCGGCCUGGCCUGCCCCGCCGUGGGCCGGGCCCGCAGCCCCCGGGCCCGCAGCCCCCGGCCCCGCCGCCACCGCCCUGCCUGGCGCGCCCUUCACUGGCCCUGCUGCCAGCGCCUUCCCCGCUCCCCCGCUCUGUCCUCCCACCCUGCAGCCGGGCUCUGGCGGCCUCUCCGGGCUGAACAGCACCGGGAGCUCAGCCGCCAGCGAGGGCGGACACUCCAGCGAUAGCGGCGACGAGGACACACCAACGUCGGAAGAGCUGGAGCAGUUUGCCAAGGACCUCAAACACAAACGCAUCAUGCUGGGCUUCACCCAGGCUGACGUGGGGUUGGCACUGGGCACCCUCUACGGGAAGAUGUUCAGCCAGACAACCAUCUGCCGCUUUGAAGCACUGCAGCUCAGCUUCAAGAACAUGUGCAAGCUGAAGCCGCUGCUGCAACGCUGGCUCAACGAGGCAGAGAACACGGACAACAUGCAAGAGAUGUGCAAUGCAGAGCAGGUGUUGGCUCAAGCCCGGAAGAGGAAACGCAGGACCAGCAUCGAGACCAACGUGAAGGGGACACUGGAGAGCUUCUUCCGCAAGUGUGUGAAGCCCAGUCCCCAGGAGAUCUCCCAGAUUGCCGAGGACCUCAACCUGGACAAAGAUGUGGUCCGAGUCUGGUUCUGCAACCGGCGUCAGAAAGGCAAACGGCUGCUGCUGCCCUUUGGCAACGAGGCGGAGGGGGUGAUGUAUGACGUGAACCAGUCCCUGGUGCCCACUGGCUUGCCUAUUCCGGUGACAUCCCAAGGCUACAGCCUGGCACCCUCCUCGCCAGUCUACAUGCCACCUUUCCACAAGGCUGAGAUGUUCCCUCAAGUGCUGCAGCCUGGGCUCUCCAUGAGCAACAGCAACCACUGA